AUGUCCAGCGUCUUUAUCGAUCCCAAAGACCUGCCCGACGGCGGCUACGGUCUCCUCCAAGUGCUCUUCCUCGGCGCCGUCUAUGGCGUCGUGCUCUUCAACGCGAGCAACCUCAUCUCGGACGGCAGUGAACUGCUCCUCCUCGUCCCGUCCAUGGCUGGGAUCGUCGGCAGCAUCGUGCUCCCCGUCCUGGGUGCGGUCCCAGACGGGGCCAUCGUGCUCUUCUCCGGCAUGGGCCCCAAUGCCCAAGAGCAGAUUUCCGUCGGGGUUGGGGCCCUCGCAGGGUCCACGAUCAUGCUGCUCACCAUCCCCUGGGCCCUCAGUGUCUACGCGGGACGUGUGAAUCUGGACGCCAAUGGACGGGGCAACUACGUCCGUCCCAAAGGUGACGAGCACUGGGGGAAGCUCAUGCCUCGGGGCAAUCGGGACUUGACCCGGACGGGCGUCGUGCUCUUUGACGAGAUCCCGUGCACCGCCAAGACGAUGAUUGGCACGAGUCUGAUCUAUUUGAUACUACAGGUUCCUGCGUUGUUUUAUACGGGGUUUGCUGAAGACGAUGCCGCCCGGACGGACAAUGCCCGCGUCGCGAGAGCUGAGAAACCUUUUGCGAUUGUCGCAUUCGGCGUCUCGAUGGUGGCGUUUGUCCUGUAUUUGUACUGGAGCGUUCGACGAUCGUCCGAGGUCAAAGAAGACGUGAUUGACGAAGUCCGCGUUGCAGCCAUCCGGGAUGGAGAGAUCAGUCUGUCGGGCAUCUUGGCCAAGGAAGUCGCCAAGUUGAAGAACGAAGCGGCGAGCACGAGCACGACGCCGCUGCGAGCGACGCGGGAGCAGUUUAAUCGCGUGGCUGAUGUCAUUCGCCCUUUUUUUCACGCUUAUGACAAGAACCGCGACCGUCGCAUGGACACGGACGAGCUGCAGCUCUUUUUUAAAGACUUGGGCGAGAAUCUCUCGCGCGACGAGGCCGAGACGUGGAAAGCAGCGGCGGACAAGAACAUGAAUGGAUACAUUGAAUUCCAUGAGCUCGUUGAAGCGACGCUUCGCUACCUGCUGGCCAAGUACGAGAAUGAACGUCACGGUCGAUCAGGAGUUUCGAUGCACCGCGUUAUAGUGGAUCAGAAACACUCGCUUGGUAUCUCGACUGCGGAUGGCGACGACGAUGAAGAAGAAGAGGAAGUACCGGAAGACCUUGCUCAUCUGUCGAUCGAUGAGCAACAGAAGAAGAUCAAGAUGCGCGCGGCGUAUAUGAUGGCAUUGGGUACGGCCCUCGUGCUGAUAUUCUCGGACCCGAUGGUGGAUGUGUUGUCGGAAGUUGGCGCGCGCACAGGUGUCCCGGCAUUCUACGUGUCGUUCGUGGUAGCGCCACUGGCUUCGAAUGCGAGUGAACUCAUUGCAGCGUAUAACUACGCGCAGAAGAAGACGUCCAAGACGAUUUCCAUCUCGGUAUCUGCUCUCCUGGGCGCUGCUUGCAUGAACAACACGUUCUGUCUGGGUAUCUUUGCCGCACUCAUGUCGUUCAAAACUGGCGGUUUGGUGUGGCAGUUUUCAGCCGAGACGUUGUCGAUUCUGUUUGUGGAGUUCUCGGUUGGCUUUAUUGCCAUGAAAAAGACGCAGCGUCUCCUCGACGGUCUCUUUGUGAUGCUCCUGUACCCGCUCUCGAUCAUUUUGGUGAUCGUGCUGGAGAAUGUGCUCGGGUUGGACUAG